AUGGCGACCGCCGCUGAGCCUUCCGCAUACGUCACCCUCAUCUCAUCCGACGGUUUCGAAUUCCAUAUCCGCCGCUCGGCUGCAGUUCGAUCAGGCACUAUUCGACGCAUGCUAUCUUCCGAGAGCGGCUUUGGCUUCGUCGAGUCGUCUACCGGUGUCUGCCGUCUGGAGAGCAUUAGCGGAAUUGUGCUUGAGAAAGUGGUCGAAUAUCUGUACUAUAAUGAGAAGAACAGAGAGAUGAACGGAGUGCCUGAUCCAGAGAUUCCAAGCGAGUUGUGUCUGGAGCUGUUGAUGGCAGCGGACUAUCUGGACUGCUAA